AUGGAAUCUCCCGGUCUCAGGCAUACCUGCCUGAAGCUUCACAUCGAAGACGGCAGAGGCGCCGCCGUCAUCUUCGUCAAGGGCACAUGGCUUCCGACCCGGUUCGAGCUGUUCAUCACUGAUGGCCUCGACGCCUGGAUUUGCAGCGGUCUUCUCCUUCCUCCUCCUCCUCCUCCUCCUCUCUCUCUCUUUCUCACUGAUGUCCUCUCCUCUGCGCCUAUUUCUGCUGUAAUGCUCGAUCUUUAUCCUUUUGGGCGCUGAGCAGCGACGGAGACGGAAGUGGAGCAGAGAGCGGAGCUGUGGGACCAGCAUGUGUCGGAGUACAUCGCCAUGGCUGAGCGGCACCUGGGAUUCCAGCAGCCGGGCUCCAUCUACAGAUUCGAAGAUGCUGGGGUUGGAGAGAAAAGAGUGAGGACUUUUGCUCCCUCCCUCGCCUCGUGUUUCCCUGAGCAUUGCAGUUUCCCGGUGGAUUUGAGAGUAGAAUCAGUAGACGCAGGUGGAAGCAUCCCUGCAUUGAUUUUCUAGCUUCAAGACAUUACUAGAUUGAGAAGGACUUGGCUUCAUGAGUACGGCCAAGAAAUGAUAAUUUGAUGACAGCCCAGAAGAUUGGCCCUUUCGAUGGAUGCCACAAGCUUAACCAGAUGGGUCAACCUGGUAAAGGUCACGUCCACUGUCUUCAUCUCUGUUCAAGUGAGAAUUUGGUUGCUAUGGUGAGACCAACAAUUCGGAAAUCGAAUGGCAGCUUAUCUUCCAGUCUAUGGCUGAGGAGGUAGAAAGGGUGUGGGAGUUGCAGCCAACAAUGUUGGAAUUGCUUCAGCCAAAACAAAUCGAGAUGGUAUGUUGCCAGAGGUAGGUGCCUGCAUGGGAACCAUACUGCUCAUGUGAAGUAUGGUACAGAUGCCAACCGAUCGGACAAUACUGUGCUAUUAACAGGAGUUCUUGAUUAUGGGGUGGGUGGGGCGAUUUGCCUUUUUUCUCUUUUAAAUUGUCUGCUGGGUUCGGAAUAGAUUUUAUGGAGGAUUAGUUUUAAUCAGAAUAAAUGGAUUUUCCCAUGGGAAUUUAAUCCCCCUCUUCCUCUCCCCUCCCCUCUCUUGUGGUUAUCCUUCUGCCUGUGAACCUGCCAAUUAUGUUGAAAUUCUAGCCAAACUGUGGAAUGGGCUUUUAUUCAGAUUCUCAUUACAUUUUAUCUUUUUAUUAAGCAUUGAUCUUCAGUCUCACCAUUCACUAGAAAGAGGAAAACACUGCAGCAGUGGCAGCUGAGUUGAAGCACACAUCUGGACAUUCCAUGCAUUAUUUUGCUUUUGACUUUCUAACUUUGUUUCUUAUCGUCCCAUUGUCUAUGCCAGAAGGUGCCUUGUCCGAACUCAUCUUUGAAUACCAUGGUGGCCAAUUUGCCUCAUUUAACAGACAUCGACAGCUAAAUGUCUGGGAUCAUGUUACAAAUCUUUUUGCCGAAUAAAUUACCUGAUGUUAAAUAAGUCUACAUGAAGCAUUCUGUGAGUUCGUAUUGGGUUGGUAAAUUUUCUAUCUACUUCGACUAGAUGUUGUGUGUAGGGUUAUAUGGGAUUGCAUCUAUCUUGGAAGCAUUAUCAUUUGAACAACUGUGAAAUGUUUUCUAGCCAAUACGCCCCUUCACUCUUUGGCUAUUACGUGGUUUAUGGUAUGCAGUUGUCAUGGACGUUUGAGAAGCAAGGGACCAGACUAGAGUGGCGAUGGAAAUGUCAAUCCUCUCCUAAUAGCAAGCAAGUUACAGCUAACAUCCUUGACUUUCUUAUGGAUGCAAACACACGACUCAGUGUAAGGAAUCUUUUCACAACCUUCUUGCUGAAUUAGAUACGAAAAUAUGAUCUCAGAAUUUUUGUUGUCAGAGCACAGGUUCAAUUCUUUUUUCUUUAGAGUAUAAUGACAUUGUCUUGUUAAAUAUGAUUACGAGGGCUGUGACUCUAGACGCAGAUUUCUGGAAGAUAUGAAACCAUUGUACAAUCGAGAAUGGAAGAAAACGAGUCAUUUCUAAGGGUUGAAGUCGCCUUAUGACUUUCAGGACGGGCACUUGAUGGCUGCAAUCUAUCCAGUCUAGUCGUUGUUUGUGCAAGCAUGUAUUUUGAGAUCUAACCAGCACCUAGACAUUCUGUAGUUACUUCUUUGGCUUCAGCUCUUCAACUUUUAACUCUUAUUCAAAAUAUAUUUUACACACGUAAAUUUGUGUUUAAUAAAUGAAUUUUUGUUAAAAAAUUUAUAUUAUCAUAUUACACAUGGGUUCAUAUUUUAUUAAACCACUUAAAUACCAAUUGUAGGAAUUUACAAUGCAUAAACAAUAUGAGUGAUAGUCAUUUGUUAUCAGUCAUGAUGAUAGUCAUUCAUUAAUUUUGCUUUCUUGCACAUUACAAUAUGAGUGACAACAAAAUUAGGAAAACAUGACCGUUCCCGCAAUGAAUCAUGAGAAUGUCAAAGGAAUUGAGAAGAAAUCAAAGGCUAAGAGGACAAAGGAUGUUUGGGAUGGCUUGAGCCAUGUCGCUUUGAUACACAUUUGCUUGGAUUAAACGCAAGCAAGCAAUAAGUGUUGCAAGAACCUAAAUAAAUGAGGAUAUUUGAACUUCAGGAGGAAGUUUGACAAGCAGUAAAGUGUAUACUAGUGAUGAUAUCCAUUAAAAAUUUAUCAAGCCAGCCAUGAGAAGAGGCUGGAAAGCAUGGACUGUAAUAAGGAAGGAGAUCAGAGAUGGUUGGACUAAGAUAAAAGGGACUUGUUCUCUGAUAGAAGAGUUGGAAGAUAAACCUACCAGUGAAGAGCAUACGGGUCAGAUCUUCUUCUUGGACACACUUCCUCAUAGAUUUUCAGGAAUAUUUCGAAGACGAUGUCAUCAGAAAAAACUUCAAGUGACUGUAGUAUGAUGAAUCUGUAAUUUUUCUGCAUGACAUUUUUGUUCUUAGUAAAUAGCAAUAUUUCAUACCUUGUUAGUAGAAAUCAGUUGAAAUGAAGGAAGCAGUAAGAAAAUGUCAAAAGAAUAAAAAAUAUAAACCUACGAUUAAAAAAGAAUAUUUUGUGUGAAUGAUCUAUUUGUAAAAUGAUCUAUUUGUAAAAUUUCCAAGUUGUUAGAUUGUGUGGUAACUCUACGGAUUCCAGAGGACACUAAUUAGAAUGUUCAAACUAUCCAUUUACACACUGGUUUGAGCAAACGUGAAAAAGUUAAAAUGUUAGAUAUUGUUGGAAAAACAUAGGCACACGGAGAAUGACUUUUGUCACGGAAGACAGAGGGGAGAAUGGCGGACAACCGCCUCAAGAUUCAUUCACCUCUAACAUCCCUUAUAUAGGGAGAAACUCUACACAACUUUCCCAAAAUGCUGUCAGUCUUCUAUGGUAUUUCCUUACGACUUAGAAUUUCCAAAAGAUACUUGUCAUGGUUUUGAUCAUUGACUGUUCAGAUUACGAAGGCAAAGUGCUUUUAUAAUGUUGCUUUACUGAAAUUGUUAGUCCAUGAAUGCCCAUAUCCUGGUCUGACAACCUUCACAUUCCCUAUCAUCACGCCUGUUGACUUUGGGUAAUUCUUUUUACUGUUUUUAAAAGUAGUCUGCAGUUAGUUUAGCCAACACCAUGUUUUGUUUAUAAAACUUCAUCUGCUUACAUGGUCUGCUAUUGUCAUAGGAGGAAGUUGUUUCCAAAAGACAAUCAUUUGAGAGACUGAAAGCAGAAGCGGAAAAGUGCUUAGCACAAAGUGAGAAAUAUUGCAUUGAGAAGAAGGAAUUUGAAGAUGCAACGUAUGGGAAGGUACGCCAUCAGAUCUCUAGCUGAGCAGCCAAAGUUUCACAAAGAAUAUCUCCUCGUUUGGCACAUUUUUAUUUUUGUUAAGGCGCACUUACACAUUUAUCGGGUUGACUUGGGUUGACAUUUUAAGAUUGCUGUUGAUCAAUGAAUGUCGCAAUUGACAAAUCUGUUUAUUUUAGACAUGGUUGUCAGUCGUUGACUUUUAACAAGGGAUGCAAUUCGGGAACUUUUUUCUCAUGUCAAAAUAUUCUUCCACCAUAAAAUGGUCAGCGAAUGGACCUUAGAUAUGAAGAGUAUCUUGGAUGCAAGGCAAACAACGAGGCUUUGAACUAGAUGAAGAAACCACGGCAUCGCUCCUGUCUGUCACACAUAUUCUGAACCGGAGAAAAUUACCAACGUAGGAUGGAAUCUUUAGAUAAUUAGACUGUGCCGCCUAGGUAGACUACUGAGGAAGUGUAAAACAGAAGGAAAGAAAAAAAAUAGAUUGGAAGAGAGAUGAACUGGGAAGGAAGUAGUUUCCUCAUUUUACCCCAGCCUACUGUUUACCACCACCAACUAUUGACUGGCCUUGCCAGAUUGGUCCCAGCUGCUGCCGCCACUGAGAGGCCUCCAAAAAUUUCCAUUUUAACGAUAUAUUUGGUAAUUUCAUAUAUCAGUCGCACCCAGAAACUAAUUUAUAUGAUAUUUGCAGUGUGAAAGACGCUCAUGUCUAUCUGCUUUCAUUGAAAGCAAAUAUCGUAAUAUCUCUUCGUGAGCUCUCAUCACCUGGUUACUUUGCUAUGGAUCAAUCAUUUUACGGGAUAUAUUUCCCAUCUUAUCAAUUCACAAUUUAUAUAUUUUUUUGCAGUUUGUGGCAGUCUUGAACUCCAAGAAGGCAAAGCUGAGGCAGCUCAGAGAUCGCCUAUCAAGAUAUGAGAGCACUGACAGGGGUCCUCAGUGUAAAGAUGAUUCCGGCGACAAUGUUGGCGCAGUCGACAUGUCCAGUGAGGAUGAAGAAACCAAAGUAUAG